AUGAGCGAUAAAGAUACAUUCAAAGUGAUAUUUAUCAGACGAGGUGGUGCGUGUGCAACAGUCCUGCACAAUGGUCAGUUGAUGUGGCCGCCACCAGUCACAGAGGUGACUGAGACGGCCGUCAUAGUGGCUGAACCGACGCCAUUUGCAAAAAACUGCUCGGAAAGCUGGACUCAUAACAGCAGAGGACUAAGGCAAACGUUCUACUAUUCAGGUCUGGGAGGUCUCCCUGUGCUGGGUGUGAUCUCUCCGAACUUGGAUUUCGCCGCGAUGACCACGACAUUUGCGUUGGCUGGAAUAGUAGGAUACCAUACCGUAUGGGAAGUAACGCCGGCUCUCCAUUCUCCGUUGAUGUCAGUGACUAAUGCGAUCUCGGGAACCACUGCCGCUGGAGCACUCUGCCUGAUGGGAGGUGGGCUACUGCCAUCAAACGCCGCCCAGUCACUUGCCCUAGGGGCUGCUUUCAUUUCUUCAAUCAAUAUUGGCGGAGGAUUUCUGAUAACAAAGCGAAUGCUGGAUAUGUUCAAACGACAAGGUGAUCCACCGGAAUACAAUUACAUGUACGCUGUGCCGGCUGCACUGUUUCUCGGUGGAUAUUACUACGGUCUGAAAUCGGGUGCGCCAUGCGCUCAUUCACUCGCGUACCUUGGCUCAUCGCUUUGUUGUGUUGGUGCGUUAGCAGGACUAUCAAGCCAGAAAACGGCCCGAGUUGGUAACGCAUUAGGUAUGACCGGCGUAGCUGGUGGCCUAGCGGCUACUCUGGGGAUUUUGAGCCCUGAUCACGACACACUUGUUCAAAUGGGAAGUGCCGUCGGAUUGGGUUCGCUCAUUGGACUUGGUAUCGCUCAAAGAAUAAAGGUGUCGGAUCUGCCUCAAUUAGUAGCUGCGUUCCAUUCAUUCGUAGGAUUGGCUGCAACCAUGACAUGUUUAGCUGACUUCAUUGUAGAACAUCCGCACUUCCUUACUGAUCCAAGUGCUUGUGGUGCUGCCAAGAUGUCAUUGUUUCUUGGAGCAUAUAUUGGUGGUGUCACCUUUACCGGUAGUCUGAUGGCGUACGGGAAACUCCAAGGUAUUCUUGGCUCGGCGGCCACCUAUCUUCCUGGUCGUCAUGCAAUCAAUUCGGGAUUAUUGGCUGGAAAUAUUGGUGCACUGGGUCUCUACAUGGCAACUGACGACUUUGCUACUGGUCUCGGCAUGCUGGGAACGACGGCUGGUCUCAGCAGUCUGAUGGGGGUGACACUGACGAUGGCCAUUGGAGGAGCUGACAUGCCCGUUGUGAUAACUGUGCUGAACAGCUAUUCCGGAUGGGCUCUGUGUGCCGAAGGGUUCAUGCUAAACAACGAUUUGCUCACAAUUGUCGGUGCUUUGAUAGGGAGUUCUGGAGCCAUUCUUUCUUAUAUAAUGUGUAGGGCAAUGAAUCGCUCUCUGAUUAGCGUCAUUCUCGGAGGGGUUGGAACGAAAUCUCAGGGAACUGGCAAAGCGAAAGCCAUCGAAGGCACGGCUACAGAAACGAAUGUUGCUGAGACGGUCGACUGGCUCUUGAAUGCACAGUCUGUGAUCAUUGUGCCGGGGUACGGUUUGUGUGCUGCCCAAGCACAGUAUCCGAUUGCUCAGCUUGCCAAGGAACUAAGCGAUCGUGGAAUCCGAGUGCGAUUUGCUGUCCAUCCUGUUGCCGGACGGAUGCCCGGACAGUUGAAUGUGCUGCUCGCAGAAGCUGGUGUUCCGUACGAUAUUGUCGAGGAAAUGGAUGAAAUCAAUGACGAUUUCGACUCUACCGAUGUGGCCUUAGUCAUUGGCGCAAAUGAUACGGUGAACUCAGCUGCUGAAGACGAUCCGAACAGUUCGAUUGCUGGGAUGCCUGUAUUGCGAGUUUGGCGCUCGAAGAAGGUAGUGAUGAUGAAACGAACGCUGGGAGUGGGCUAUGCCGCAGUCGACAACCCGGUGUUCUUCAACGAGAACACGGCGAUGCUGCUGGGAGACGCGAAAAAGAUGUGCGAUCAACUUCUGGCCACGGUGGAGACUGCACCGCACUAG